AUUUGUUCUAUGGUCUGCUUCGGAACUCCUGUAUUGUAUUGUUAAAAAUAUAAUGGGCUUAAUACUACGACAAGCAUAAUUAAAUGCUAAAAUUCUUUAAAAAAUGGAAAACUUGUAGUUAGACUUAGAGCAACUAUUGAUUAUGCUCACGUGUUGCGGAGCAACAGUAGCACAUUUUAUUUUUAUUACUAUUUUUGCUAUUAGUAUUAGGCUUAGUGAAGUUAGUGUGGGAGUUUUUACUCACUUUUACUAGUUUUAUUUUUAGUGUAAAGAGUAAGUAGACUAAAGUUCGUCUACUUCCAUCGUCAUUGGUAAUGGUAUAAAACUUGUAUUAUUUCCAGUCAUGUAGUGACAAUAACUCUCCAGGGCAGUAGGCUGUAAUUCAACUAAAUUAAACAUUUCAUUUUCAGUAUAACAACAACUUAAAUAUAACGCUUACAUUUUGUGUGACGUACUUAGACUAAGAAGAUAACAAAAUUAACAUUAGCCUGAUUAGGAUCUAACACUAAUAGUAACACUGAUAGUAAAAUCAACAUUUACUGAUUUCCUCUGAAUCUGCAGCUCACUAAGGUGACUGUGACAGGAAUAUCAACAUGUAAUACCAAGUAUUUGUAUAUUUCUAAAUAUUAUAUGCAUAUAUAUAUAUAUUAUAUUACUGUUGACUUAAACUUAAAGCUUUGUAAUAGAUGAAAAAUUUCAUUAAAGAAGUUUGCCUUGUUAUGCAAACUUGGUAAUAUGAAUUUAACUUAAAUGAUAAGUGGGAAAAUAAUUUACAUAACCAAAAUCUCAUUUUUAGUCUCUUUAAAAUUUUGCCUUCAGACAUUUAAGAUGUGUGUUACUUGUAACUGGAUUGUUUAUAUUCUAAUAUUAUUUGCAUGUUCUGUGUUACUGAGUUUACAUGAUGUAAGUCUUAGAUUAACAUUUCUUGUUUAGCUGAUAAAUUUCUUUAGAAACUUUGUAGUCUUUCAGAUUUCCAGCCAUGUUGCAACUAUGUAGGAUCAAAGUACCUGUUUUUGUGUGGUUUUGCCCUUACCAUGGACACCAGGUGGCAUACUUGUUAACCUGUUUUAACUGUAACUCAGCUAAGUAUGUAGUACAAAGAACAUGUGUUAAAAGUUACUCUAUUUUAAACACUCAAAAAUCCUCCUUAUUAGGUUAUUGGUAUAAAGACAGUGACCAAUACAGGUGGAGUGGUCUAGACUUGCAUGUGUAUAUUGCUAGGAAAAUAUAUAUAGAUUUUACUUUACAUGAAAAAGAAUCAUCUAAAGUUGAAAGUUCUGUCAAAGUACUCAGACAGGAGGUGGAAAAAGCUAAGCAAGAAAUUGGAGUUUUUAUCACUCCAGAUAAAUCUACCUAUGUAGCACCUCCAAAACGUUCUGUGUGGAAGAAAAUAGGAGAUGGUAUCCUUCACUAUUACCAUGGUUUCAGGCUUUUAUAUAUUGAUAUUAAAGUAUCUUCUAGACUUGCUUGGAAAUUACUUCAUGGAAAGGAAAUGACUCGGCGAGAACAUAGACAGCUCGUUCGUACAGUUUCUGAUGUUUUCCGCAUUGUUCCAUUUUCUGUGUUUAUCAUUGUGCCUUUUAUGGAACUGUUAUUACCGGUAGCCAUAAAACUCUUUCCUGGUAUGCUUCCAUCAACUUUUGAAACUUCUUCAGAAAGGGAAGUUAAAGUGAAGAAACAGCUUAAGAUCAAGUUGGAGAUGGCCAAGUUUCUGCAGAAAACUAUGGAUGAAAUGGCUCUUCAUGCUCGAGGUGACAAACACUCUCACUCUGCCAAAGAAUUUGCCCAGUUUUUUGACAAGAUUCAAAAGUCAGCAGAACAACCCACAAUAGAAGAAAUAAUGAAAUUUUCUAAGUUGUUUGAAGAUGAAAUUACUUUGGAUAGUCUUCAGCGCCCUCAGUUGGUUGCUCUUUGUCGUUUAUUGGAGCUCCAGCCAAUUGGAACAAACAAUUUUCUGCGGUUUCAGCUGAAAAUGCAAUUGCGCAUGCUAAAUGCGGAUGAUCAGAUGAUCAAGAAGGAAGGGAUAGAGACUUUGACAGUAUCUGAACUGCAGUCGGCAUGUAGGGCAAGAGGAAUGAGGGCACUUGGGGUUCCAGAACCUCGUUUACGGUCAAACUUAGGACAGUGGUUGGAACUUCAUUUAAAUGAACGUAUACCACCAUCUCUUCUGCUUCUAUCUCGAGUCUUAUACCUUCCUGAAAAUCUCCCUGCAACUGAUCAACUGAAAGCAACCUUGUCUUACUUGCCUGAUGAAGCUGCUACUAAAGCUAAAUUCAAGAUUGGAGAGAAAGAGGGAAAAGUUGACAACAAAACCAAGAUUGAAGUCAUCGAAAAGGAAGAAGUAGCCAUAAAGAAAGAAAUUGAAGAAAUGAAAAAGGAAGAAGAAGAGAAAGAGCAUGAAGCAAAAGCACGUAUAACAGCUCUUCCAUCUAAGAAACAUAUGGAAAUGGAUGAACCAGUGGCUUUCGAUGCCCAAGGUGUUCAAGGUAUACCUGAGGAAGCUGCACCAGUUCUUAGUGGUCAAGAAAAACCUAGCUUGGUAGAUGUUAUUCAAGAUACUAGUCCAGUAUUUGAUACAAGAGAAGAAGAAUUGGAUCAAGCAAAACAAUCCAUUAUAGAAAGAUUGAAGUUUGAAGAAUUGUCCAAGGAUGACUUUGCAGACCUAGAAGAUGCACUUGAGAAUAUAGCAAAUGAAAAGAGAAAGCUUUUGUUAGAAAAGGAAGAGCUAGAGGAACUGAAAGAAGAGAUGGCAGAUUAUAAAGAGGAUAUUGAAGAAUUUCAUGAAGUAAUUUUGAAGCGAGGUGAUACAAACCUUCAAGAAUCAAAGGCAGCAAAACAUCUGUUUAACAAAGUUAACAACAUGAUAACUAAAAUGGACUUAGUGUUAGCUGAACUAGCUAAGGAGAGAAACAGUUUGCAGCAACAUAUUGAAGACAUGGCACAAAAAGGAGAAAAUGUCCAGCAGGAAAGGGAUGAUAUUAUAAACAUUAAUGACCUUGUACUGGCAAUUAGAAGAAUUCAAAAAGUGUCAGACGACAUCCGUCUUCAGAAGAUAGUUGAUGUAUUAGACCAGAUGGACAUUGAUCAUGAUGGUGCUGUGGAGAUCUAUCAUGUAAUGAAGGUGAUUGAAUUGGUUGGGAAGGACAAUGUGAAAGUUGGUGGAUCCCAAAUGAGAGAGAUUAUAGAGCUGUUAGUGAAAGAAGAAAUCUUACAAAAGGCUGAAAGAGAAGAAAAGGGAAAGAAACAAAAACCUGAACUGGAAACUAAAAUACAGGAAUAAAAGUGCAGGAAUGAGUGAUUCCCAGUAACUAUAGUUUCAUAAGAUAAAAGUUUAGUUUAAGAAAAAUGAAAAAUACAAAACUCCUCUAAAAAUACAUGUUUCAGACAAAAAAACUUGCUGAUAGAAUUAUUUUGGAAGAAAACAGUUCUUCAGAGAAGUAUGUGUUCAUUCUCCUAAAAGUAUUUAUGAGUUUCAGAUGAUAAGAUGAUAGUUAAUUUUUAAAAAAUCAGUAUCUGUAUUAUCUUGUUUAAUUUUAAACAUAAACCAUUAUUUUCAUGAAGCUUUAAUGAAAUGAUUUUUAAUACAAAUUAUUAUUGCAUUUUUGUAUACAUUUUUUUAGUAUUUGGGGUAUUGUAGAAAGUUCAUGGGGUAAGUCCUGUGAGGUUCUUUACAAUCUAUUUUAGUUUUGUGUUAUUAUUAUGUGAAGAACACAAGUCUAUUAUUUUUAUAAGUAAGUUCUUCAGAUGCCCAAUAAUGUAUGCUUUGUAGAUUAAGUUUUGCAAGCUAGCUAUCCAUGAGUUUAUCUUUCACAGAAAUUUUUCAUUUUUGUAAUAUUAUAUGGUUACAGUUAUUUAAAACUGGGAAUGAACUUAAAAAGAGUAACUAUAUUAAUUGGUUACUGGACUUUAUGAAGAUAUUGUACAAAUUGAGAAAUUAGGUAUAAAUUUAAGAUGUAGUAAAGCUGUUAUUUUACUGAAAUUCUUUAUUAAAGUUUCCGUGCUUUGGGAAUUCUGAAAGUGUCUUUUGUGAAAUUAUCCCAAAAUCAGUCGUAGUUCAUGUGUUGAAGUUAGAAGUACUUUGAUUUUAGUAAUUAUUUUUUCUACAUAAAUUUUUUUUGUAGGAUUAGUAUUAGUUUUUUGUCUGUAUAAAGUUCUUUUUUUUUAUUACACUUUUAUGAUAAAACAGAAUUUAAGAUAAUUAUUACUACAAGUUCUGUCCUCCAACUGUGCCCAUAGUGGCACAGCAAUAUUUCCAUGGACUCGCAAUGUUAGAAACCAGGUUUCAAUACCCGAAGUGGGUAGAGCACAGAUAGCCCAUUGUGUAGCUUUGUGCUUAACUACAAACAAACCUCAAGCUGUUAUAACUCAGUUCAAACACUAUUCUACAAAUUGAUCUUCAUCCUCUUUGUUUUGUAUAUAGUCAUUAAAUUAUGAAAACAAUAAAGAAAAAGCUUGUGUAACAUUUUGCUCUUGUUUUGAAGAAUCUGUAAAAGUAUGACAUUCAGUUCACCUGCUUUGAGAACACUGUCAAUACAACUAAAUAUAAAUUAUGUUGUAAACAGAUCGAAAACAUAAAAAAAAAAAUCAACUGGCUCUCUUAAAAUAUUCUAUUUAAAGCUGAUGAGUAUUUGUUUAAAUUUCUUUCACUCAGAAGAUUUGUUAUUGAUUUUUAAACAGAGUGAAAAAUUAUAUGUAUGAAAUUUAUCACAAAUUCAUGUUUUAGGUAUUGAAAGCUUGAAGGGAUAUACUACUAGUUCUGACAUCUAUUUUUAGCCAUGACACAGUGGCUCAUAGAAUGGCUAAAUGUUUUUUUUCUUCAAGUACAAACUUUUAGCUCAUAGCACCAUCUCUUGACUGAUUUGUGAUCUAAUUACAGCCCUGGCUAUUGAGGAUUCUGAUUCACUCUUGUUGGAACUUUUCAUGGAUAUGGCGGUACCUAUACAGACUGUUAGAAGCUCAACAGGAAAGAACAUGUCCAAGUGUCAUCUGUGUUAUAAGUUUGAGAGGGAAAACACGUGUUCUGAUAUCUGUUUUGCAAACUUGUUGGGGAUAGUAUAUGCUUUUGUAUGUUUUGUGUUGAGAGUGUGUCAAGAUUAUUAUUCUAUGUGUUACCAAUGUUAGUGAUUUACCAGUGAUAUUAUAGUGUAUUUGGAACUUUUAAAGUAGAACACAUAAAAAUGGGUUGUCAGUGUUUUGAGUUUUUCAGGAAUAUUAUUGUUUUACUUUUCACACAACCCAGGCAUUAAACAGAUAAUAUUGUUUAAACACUCUAAAGUGGACAGGUGUUUAAUUAUAUAAUAAUUGUUGUACAUAUCUAUCAAGACUGGGCAUUAUAAUAGACAAAAUUACAACUGUAAUACAAAUGUGCAUAAUUAAAAGAGAUUAACUUCUUUAUCGAUGUUAAAAUUGUAAGCUAUAAGUUGCAUGUAUAGUAGUCAUGAGUCACUUUUGUAAAUAAUAUAUGUUUUAAUUUCUUUCCAUACGUUGUAUAAAGUCGAUGCAAAAAUUUCAUACCCAUAAAAUAAAAUGAGGUAUAAAUAUGAAUUGUUAUCCUUAUGAUGUAUAUGCUACCUGAAUUUUCAGUUCCCAAAGUUAAAUUAGAUCUGCACAGUUCCCUAAGCCUCGCGUUGGAAGACACUCGUCAAACGUACAACAAGGAAUUCAAUGAAGCAAUACUUCCAAAACAACCUGAGAUGGAAGAGAAGGAGCCGUUGAACCGAAUAUAUUUUAUGGAUUUCAGGCUAAGACUGGAACAAGGACUAAUGAACAAUGGCUGAUUAGCUGUCGAAACAGCCAGCAGCUUGAAAAUUCACAAAGGUAGAGUGAAACAAAGUUCGCACUUGGUUUGCAAGUGGCAAGCGAAGGCGGUAGGACUUGAUACGUGGUUCGCGACGUAUUUUGCUCCGCCGAAUAUGGUUUGCGGACGAAAAAGUUUGAGAACCACUGGCCUAGAUUGUACUUAUAAUUUUGUACCUUGUACUCCAUAAAGUAAAAAUAAACAUGAAUGAAGAAGGGAA